UGGGGGUCUGGACCCAACAAUAUGAAAUGCAUCACCCCUUCCUAUCCAAAUCUGAUCAAACGCGAUUUCUGAGUUUCAAAAUCAAAUGUCAACCGUCCGAUCAAACUCAACCCUCGUCUUCUUCUUCAUCUUCUUCCUCUUCGUCACACCCUCCCAAUCACUCUCCUUCUCUUCCUACCUCCGCUACCGAAACCUCUUCUCCCUCUCACAUUCCCUCCUCACCGCCGUCGCCAACCUCCGCGCCUCCCGCGGCGAUGUCGCCGCCGCCGACAGGGCCAGAGCCAUGGCUGACAGCAUCGACAAGAUGUCCGGCAUUGGGUUCCUGAGGUUCCUAUGGUCCGCCUGGUCCUGGUCAUGGAAGGACCUCUCCCUCACUGACCUCUACGGCGCCGUUUCCGACAUCAACGAGUUGCUGAGAAGCUUGAACGAGUUCACUCGCUUGGAAUCGCCCGCUCAAACCUCUGCUUGGCUUUCCCGAAAUUACCAAAAACUCCUCAAAGUCACUAAAUCCCUAUCCCGCAAGCUUCUCAAUUCGUUUGGUCAAUCGAAAGUGGUGAGGGAAAUAGUGGAGACGUUGCAAAAGGAGGUGGUGGAAGGAGGGUUAAUCAGAGAUUGUCUUCAAGUGGGCACCAAGGAUUUGAAGGCAUUGGUUCAGGUUCUCAAGGAUUUGAUAUUGCAAUUCUCUCCAGCUACUGAUAAAGACCCUGAUCUAUAACUGUAUUGUAGUGACUAGUGAGUGAGCAAGUGUUUCUGUGUUUGGACCAUUGGUGGUUCUUUAAGAAUCUAAGCACUUCCUUAGUUUAUAAGUGAAACCAAAACUCUGUUUCUUUUGUUUGCUUUCAGUUUCUUUUUCUUAGAAUACAAUAUAUUUAAAGUUAACCAA